AUGAAGAUUCCUCACCUGCUCAGCUGGCUUUUAGCUAUCUCACUCCAGUUGCAGACUGCAGUCUCCCUUCCCGGUUAUACUGAUCUCAAUCACUUUCGACGCAUUGUUGCUGCCGAUUCAGGAAUAUGUACUGUUGAUGGCAAAGCCGUUUUUGCUCAUUUCAUGGUCGGCAACGUUCCCUUUUGGGGAGUUCCAGAAUGGACUCGAGAUAUGACCAGAGCAAAGCAGGCUCACAUUGAUGGCUUUGUCUUGAACAUGGCUAGCACCGAUCAGAACUUACUGACCCAAGUAGCUUAUGCUUUUUCUGCUGCCAAGAAAGUCGGUUUCAAGUGUCUUUUCUCAUUUGACGAAACCAGUGACUGGUCAUAUGACGCCAUCAUGGGUUACCUCAAUCAAUAUAUUGGGAACGAUGCAUACUACAUCUAUAAAGGAAAGCCUUUGGUUUCUACUUUUGAAGGAGCAGGAAACGCUGAUGCUUGGCGUCAAAUCAAGGCACAGACUGGCAUUGUCUUCAUUCCAGAUUGGUCUUCUCUAGGUGCACAAGCUGCUAUGAAGCUUGGUGUUGCAGAUGGUCUCUUUAGUUGGGCUGCUUGGCCUUGGGGCAACACAGACAUGAAUACAUAUGUUGACGCCUCAUACCACCAAUUUCUUGAUGGAAUGCCUUACAUGAUGCCUGUAAGCCCUUGGUUCUACACCAAUCUGCCACAGUUCAACAAGAAUUGGCUUUGGCGAGGUGACGAUUUAUGGUAUGACAGAUGGGAAGAGGUUAUGUUUUGGCAACCUGAUCUCGUUGAAAUCAUAUCAUGGAACGACUACGGAGAAUCUCAUUAUGUUGGGCCUAUUGAUGAAACAACCAUGGGUGCAAUGCGCUCUGCUCCUUUCAAUUAUGCUUUGGGAAUGCCCCACGACGCCUGGCUUUUGUUCCUCCCUUACAUCAUUGAAACCUACAAGACUGGCUACUCAAGUAUAGGCCAAGAAGGAGUCCAAGCUUGGUAUCGUCCCAAUCCAAAUUCUGCAGGUUGCGGUACGAAUGGCACAACAGGGAACACUGCUUCUCAACUAUUGAUUGAGUUUCCUCCAUCUAAGGUGGCACAAGACAAAAUCUUCUACUCUGCACUUCUCUCUUCCGAAGCAGAUGUCUUCGUUACCAUCGGUGGUGUUGAUACUGGCGCUAAAUGGUUGAAGAAACCAUAUUCAGGUGUAGGUAUCUAUCACGGAAAUGUUGACAUCAAGGGUACUGGACCUGUGAUCAUCGUCAUCAGCAGAGGCGGCACAGUCAUAUGCUCAGCUAUUGGUGACGUCCACAUCUCAAAUGACUGCCAACUAGGAAUCGCAAACUAUAACGCAUAUGUCAUGGGUGCAACGGGUGAUUCAUCCCCUGCGUUGCCUAACGCCAGUAUCUGUAACUUGAACUGUACCAGUGGUUCUGGCGCUGGGGACUUUCAAAAGCUCUGUGCAUAUACUUGUGCAAUUGGUUACUGUCCCAAAGGCGCUUGUUACUGCACCGGUAUGGGAAAGGCAAAGCUUCCAAAGGUCUCGGGACCAGUUGGCUAUCCUAUCGCUGGAGCCGAUGCAAAUUACGAGGGUUUAUGCAACUUUGCUUGUGUUUAUGGCUACUGUCCUUCAGAACAUUGUGGUACUGUGUCCGGUCUGCCAAUGGCCACACCAACAGUCUCGCCCUUUACGCCUCCAGCUUGUGUCCUUGGUAGUGGUGCUGGUUUACUCGAAGGCCUUUGCAGCUUUGCAUGCAACUUUGGAUUUUGCCCGUUGAACGCUUGCACUUGCAUUGCACAAGGUCCACUUAAUGUACCACCGAAAGCAAAUCCCGAUAUUGUGGGCGUGCCUGCAGCUGGUCUCGAUCAUGCUACUUUUGGGCCACUCUGCCAAUUUACUUGCUGGCAUGGAUGGUGUCCGAGCGAUGUUUGCACAAAACUUGAAGAUGGUUCAGGUCCAGUGUAUAUUGACCCAGCCAUAUUUACAGCUCAAGACCCUGAAGUCGAUUGCAAUCCUCCUUGUACAUUUGUAUUCCCACCCAGUACAUAUCAUGGUGAAACUGUCUUCUCUUUUCCACCAGUCAAGACUACUUUGGUUCUCGGCAAAGGCAAUGACGCUACUGUUCUCACCACUGUUAUUACCCCCAAACCAAGUACAGGAUCAACGGUUAGUUUCUUUGACAUGACCGUCGGUGAUUCUUCCGAUUUCUCAUUUUCUAUGACAUCGAUGUUCAAGCCAUCUCCUGUGGUUAUUACAGUCAAUAUGAUCUCGAUUGUAUACACAACUCAAUUGUGGUUCAAUCCUGUCACUUCGCCAUCCAAAUGGCAAAUUGGUGGUGAUGCGUCAGCAACUAUCACAACUACAUCAAAUGGCGUUGUCCUUUUCCCUCCUGUUGAAUGGCCGGGUCUAUCGGAGACCACUUAUUGCUCCGAUGUUAUCUGUCAAACUUUCUCGAUAGAUCAGCUUACAAGUCUCACCAAUGAUCCUAGCCGCACAACAGCCAUCAUAUCCAUUCCGGUACCGAGUACCUCGGGACAGACUACUUCUCCGAUUAUUGUAGUUACAGUACCGGUACAAUCGUAUGGUUACUAUUGGCGCCCUAAACCCAACCCUGUUGACCCUAAAAUUCCUUUCCCAACCUUCCCUCCACUUCCAUGGCCUCCAGUACCAAAGUUACCUUGUAUAAACCUUGGAAUCGUCAAGAUUAACUGCCCCCCAGAUAAGAAACAUCCCACAACCAGAUUCAGCCACGGUCCACCGAAGUCCACUUGCACACAACAUUGCGGUACUAUCUGCACUGUAAACUGCGAUACCGCCGGUCAGCCCAGUAGUGAAUCCGAGACUGAGACUGAGUGUGAGACUUCGACUGUUACAGAUAUAUUUGUCUCAUGCAAAACUGGCUCAUGUACAACUACUAAGACAUCUUUGGCCUCAGGAUGUACUGUGUUGGCAACAACAACUACUACCCAAGUACCUUGGUGUCCAACUGGUGUUCCUGGUGAGCAAGAGGAAGACACAGACAAUUUAGACAACGCUCCUGUCGUCUACGGUAAAGAAAUUGCCGGUAUGCCCCAAAAUGGUGUCGUCAUCGUGGGAGGCGUGGGAGGCGACCGCCAUCCUAUCUACUAUGCCCCAACUAGCCCAUAUGGAUGGUAUUGGUGGUAUCCUGCUAGUCUCACGUCGGUCGGACUACCUCCUGAGAUGUUGUCGCCUGGCACAGUCACCACCGCAGUAUACCGCAGCUUCUUGCCGGCAUAUCCUACCGUCCGCAUUAUUCCUCCCAUUAUCGGAGCUACACGUUUGGCUCCCACAGGUAACUAUCUGGAAAAGCGAUACUUUGUCACAGACCAUGAUUGCGGAACUUGUUCUGGGGAUGUAUGUAAAGAGCGAGCUGCGAGUCCUGGACAUCCCCCUUGCUGUGCCGACAAUUCGUGCGGACCUGUGUGGCCACUUUGCAACUGUAGACCUGAUGGUGAAUGCGCAGGUACCGAUCCUGAAUGUUGUUUCCUGGAUGGUGGUUACAAUUGUGCUUUUCAAUUUAACUAG